AUUCGCAGAAAUUCUCGGUAACAAAAAACUUAGUAUCUAAAGAUACUCAUAAAUAUAUCUUGUGAAAGAAAUCCAAGCUUAAGGAUAUUUAAAAUAAUUUUAUUUGUAAAUUGUUCAACAAGAGUAAAGCUUAAAUAGCAUAGUUAAGUGUCAUAAAGUGUGUUGAGAUAACAUCAAUAAAGUCAAGUUUUCACAAGCCAAAACAUUGAAGAAAAAUUUUCCCAAGUGAAAAAUCAAUUUUCCAAUUUUUGAAAACUAUUGAUUUUGUCAACAAGUGAUAGAAUAAAAGUGCUCAAUAAUGUCUCAACCCCAACAACAGCUUCAAGUUGUUUUAGAUUUUCUCAAGACGAGCUACAAAUUUGAUGUCUUUCAUGAACCAAGAGGUGUAAUGAGAAUCCUCCAAUUGAUCUUUGCUAUAUGGGGAUUCUUUGCAUGUCGAGACUUCUCAGUCACUUUAGAUAUGGAUUGUAACGACGCAAUUUUCAAAAAAAGAUAUGAAAUUGAGUAUCCGUUUGAGUUUGGCGAACAUAUUUGCAAAAAAAAGAGCGAGAAUAUGACAUUGUUCUUAUCAGUCGAUUCCUCAACGGGUGCACAAUUUUUUGUCAUCACUGCUGUUCUGUCAGUUCUUUAUGCUCUCUUUAUCAUCUUCGUCUAUGCUUAUCUCGAUGAAAUGUAUAAAAGCAAGCCAGAGUUUCCAAUGGCUGAUUUUGCGUUGACAGCAAUCUUGGCAUUCUUUUGGCUUGUCGGAACAUUUGGCUUCAGCAGUGGUGGAAGCGCUUUGAAAAAGACUUUCGAUGAAAAUUUCAUUGGUGUUCAAUGUGCUUCUUGUGUUCCUAAAACUAGCAGUUUUACGGAUCUUAGUAUUGCUUUGAUGAUUGGCUUCUUGAAUUUCUUCCUGUGGACAUCUGACUUGUGGUUCUUGUACAAGGAGACAAUUUGGUUCCAACAACGUAAUCAGAUUUUGAAUCAACCGAUGUAUGCUCAACAGCAACAAUUUGGUCAGCAACAAUUCGAUGGACAACCUCAAUAUGAACAACAGCAGACCCAGCAGUAUGAACCACAGCAGCAACAACAACAACAGUACGGUUAUUCUGAACAAUCUUAUGGUCAGCAGCAACCAUACGGUCAGCAAUCUUACGGACAACAGCCAAACUUCUAAAGAUCUCAACUUAUCCAAAGAUCCUCAAAUGAAAAGGUAUUGCAUUGUAUUUAAUUUUGUUUCUCUUUCUCUUUUUUUCUCAAAAUUAAGAAUAAUUUAUUUUACUUUUUGCAUCAUUGAUACAAUGAAAAAGAAAACAAAUUUAUCGCAAAGUAAAGAAAACAUUUAUUUGAAAUCGUAGAAAAGGAAAAUAUCAACAAAAAAAAUUAUCAUUAAGAUUCACUCUCUUUAAGCACAUUUGAGCCAACGUAAGGAAUAAAAUUAAUUAACUCAAUCUUCUAAUUAACUUAAAAAUAUCAAAUAUUUUAAUAAACAAGAAGAGAACGUUUUUCGCUAUAAGUGUUUAAGGGGAAAAAGAGAAAAUUAUGCAAAUUUAAUCUUCUUAGUAUGAAUGGACGAGAUUUCUUUUAAUAAAUAUCCUCCUACUUCUAAUUACAACAAACAAACAUAACUUAAGUAAGCCAUGAUAUGAAGCAAGUCGUCAUCUUUCCUAGUAUUUACUUAGCAUACGUUCAAAUGCUUUAAAUUUACCUUCUCGCUAGUCUAGAGGAAAAUUGAUUGAUAGGAAAAUAUUCGUUCAUGCGUUG